GGUAAUUGUGUUGGAAUGACAUCUGACGAUGUGAACGAAAAUCUAACUUCCUUUUCGCCCGUGGCCACAUGAGCGUACUAUAAUAAAAGAUUAUUCACUUGUUGAAGUUUAUUGUGAAUAUCGACCCUCAGCUAGGAUUCAAUCAUGUCGCUUGUUAUCCCAGACAAAUUCCAGCACAUUCUUCGUAUUAUGAGUACGAAUAUUGAUGGCAAACGUAAAGUAAUGUUUGCUAUGACUGCUAUUAAGGGUGUUGGACGCCGGUAUGCCAAUAUUGUUCUGAAAAAAGCUGAUGUUGAUUUAAAUAAGCGUGCUGGAGAAUGCACCGAAGAAGAAGUUGAAAAGAUUGUCACAAUUAUGUCUACCCCAAGACAGUUCAAGAUUCCAGAUUGGUUUUUGAAUAGACAAAAGGAUAUUGUUGAUGGUAGAUACAGUCAAUUGACCUCAUCCAAUUUAGACUCAAAAUUGCGUGAAGAUUUGGAACGUAUGAAGAAGAUCAAGGCACACAGAGGCAUGCGUCACUAUUGGGGUCUGCGUGUUCGUGGUCAACACACCAAGACCACUGGCCGCAGAGGUCGUACUGUUGGUGUGUCUAAGAAGAAAUAAGAUACAUAUGUAUUUUUUUAUUUAAUAAAUUCUUAUUCUACACC